UGGCACAAAUCCUAAUCUCCCACUUAUUUUCUCCGCUCUUAUUGUCGUAAGACAAAGAGGGUCGAGAGGAAAACCUUGUUCGAUUUGACGCAAUUUUCAUUACCCUUUGUCCGCGUCGUUCAAAGCCAUGAUCGGCGUCGAGGAAUCCGAGGCGCUUUUCGCUCUUCUCAACGCAGAGACCCGAUCACUCGAUGAUAUAUUCUCUGAAUUCAGCUCUCGGUUCCCCCGCGACGUCCAUUUCAGAAUAUGUUGCUCAAUCGCCAUGCUUCUCGAGGACAAGAAGCUGCUUGGGACCAGUCAGCGUUUGGUUUCCUUUGGCAUCCUACAUCAGACAUAUUCCUCUCAACCAAUUUCUUCUAAUCCAUUUAUCUCUUUGCUUAUAGAUCAGGCUGCUUGCGAUGAUUCAUCUGAAAAGGUUGAAUUGGCAUUUAUUCAGCAGAUACUUGGAUUUGCAUUAUCAAGCAAUAACAAGGAGGUUUUAAAGCAAUCAGUUUUAGAUUACAUCAAUGGAUUUGAUUCGUCAUUGUGUACUCUUUUGCAGAGAGAAGAACUGCAGCAGCAUAUCACUUUAGUUCAACCCGAACCUUACAACAGUAUUUUUAGGGCUGCUGCUGUAAAAAAUGUUAUCCCUGACCCAGAUAUGCCUAAUAGUUGCGAUUCAAGUUUGUCAGAGUUUAACACUCCAGCAUCUGGAACUAAACCCAGAGUAGGCUAUGAAGGAAAAGAUACAUGUAUUACUGGGUUGCUACAAUACUUAUCUCUAGAAGGUUUGGAUCCCCAGUGGAUCAGGCCAGAACCGCCAAGGCUUCCAGUGCUGGAUGGAGAGCUUGCGUGGCUCAAUCCUGAUAGUAAUCAUGAGUUGUUAUGGGAUUAUGGCAUGUGUGCUGACACUAGCCGUGGAGCUGCAGUUAGAGACUUAAUCGCGAAGGCCUUGAAAGGUCCACUUGCACCAGGUCAACAGGAGCAAGUACUUGUUGAACUUAACCAUGACCCUAAACUAGUGUAUCAUUGUGGGCUUACUCCGCGCAAACUACCGGAACUUGUGGAGCACAACCCUCUCAUUGCAGUAGAAUGUCUUAUAAAAUUGAUGAAUUCUCCUGAUAUCCCAGAGUAUUUCACUGUCCUUGUGAAUAUGGACAUGAGUCUUCAUUCCAUGGAAGUUGUGAAUAGGCUUACGACUGCAGUUGAACUGCCAACAGAGUUUGUCCACAUGUACAUCACAAAUUGUAUAUCAUCCUGCGAAAACAUCAAGGACAAGUAUAUGCAGAACAGACUAGUAAGAUUGGUGUGUGUCUUUCUACAGAGCCUCAUCCGGAAUAAGAUCAUCAAUGUUCAAGAUCUAUUUAUAGAAGUCCAAGCUUUUUGCAUCGAAUUCUCGCGUAUAAGGGAAGCUGCUGGAUUAUUUCGCCUUCUUAAAGCCCUGGAAAAUUCACAAGAGCAAUGCAAAUGAUAGCUGCAUACUGUAAUGUACUAUACGCCUUUGGGUUCAAAUUCAUCAACAAUCUCUCUUAUUCGUUUUUAGUUUUAGUAUUGUUGGGACUUGGGAAUCUGCUAGCUGUAUAUACCAAUGGAUGACAUCCCAUAUCCGAAGGUGAAAUCUUUUGCUAAAA